CCUCGUUCGGAUUCUCCCUCCUCUCUCCCUUCCUCACCCACCAUCCUCAGCGGUUGUCCGUCGGAGAUGGCAUCCUCACGUUCGUUUUCGGGAUUCAUCUCCCUUCUGCUUCUGUUCCAACUCUCUUCCUUCGUUUAUGCUGCCCCAUGGAUUGUCACUGCAGACUACCAGGAGGUGGUCACCACAGAAAGGCAUUACUAUGCUACGUACACCACCACUCUCAUUGAGCAAAUCACUCCCACCGUCACUUCCAUGCCCGAGGCAGUCUCCACCGCUACCUCCCUCGGCUCCUCGAAUUACUACUACUACUACAACGACGACGAGGACGCCGAAAAGGAUGUGACUAUCAUUCAACAACUUUACCCAACCGGCGUCGGGUCAGUGGUUGAUGAUUACGACUACGAUUAUGGCUAUGGCUAUGACGACGAUGACGUUUACCACAGUACCAAGUUCGUUGUCAACAUGACAUAUUCGGCGCCCACUGGUUGCUCGUCUCGCUGGACCCAGACAACAGCAGUUGAGGUUGUCCCGCCUACAGAGAUCCAGGAUCUGCUCCCACGCACGGCUGUUGCUACAUCGAUCUCGGUCGACUCUGUGAGACCUUUUCAGCCGACGACUUACACUAUCGACAUUGUCUACGUUGAUCCCACGCAGCUCCCCACAAGCUCACUGGAGUCAAUGAGCUUGUACAAUCGGCCUACCUCAUUGUAUACUGCUUCUAGCUGUGCCUACACCGGCAGCAGCGGGAACGGGUACUACAGCGGCAGCUCGUACUACGGCUAUUACGGCUAUGAUGACGGUUACAACUGGUUCACGGACGAUUACUACAUGGGUAUCACGCCGCUGGCACUCACCCUCAUCUUGACACUUGGCUGGAUCGGCCUCUGGUUGAUCUUAGGCUUUAUUGAGGCGUGGAUCCGAUUCCGCCGCCUGAUGAUGGGCUGGCAAACACGUCGCGGUCUCCCUGUCUGCUGGUCACUGACUAUUCUGCCCUUCACCCUGUUACUGCUAUGCUUUUUCCGGAAGGGUUAUCGGGCUCGCUCUGAUGCAGAUGGGGAGGUCCUUCGCAAGCGGUGGAAGGCAAUGGGGUUCUGGACCAAGAUGCGUCUCUUCUUCGUCUGGGGAUUUCGGUACAAGUACCCGCCGGUACUCGGUCCUGCACCCGCCCGGGUCAAGACCAGCAAGCAGCCAGCAAAGAAUCCUGGUCCUCGACUGUUGGAGUCCAGUCCCUCGCCCAGCGUGGCGCCACAAUCGCGGCCGGCAUCAGCCUCUGCAUCCACCAGCGCUGCUGCUGCGGCUGCUACUGCUACUGCUACUGCUGCUCCGGCUUCUACUCCGGUUGAUCCCGAAAUGGCGAUGGUUUCUUCCCCCCAAGUCACACACCCACAAGAAACCACUGUGCCGCCAACAACGACUACUACCCCCGAAGCGCCACCUCGUCGCCAGGAUGAUGAGAUUGGUCGGGCGAACUAAUCCCUCAAGUCGUGUUCAAUAUGCUCAUGGUCCUAGUCUGAUACCCUGAAAGCCACUCUUUCUUAUACUAUCAUCCAUCAUGUCACAGAGAAACCCUCAUGCUAUGUCCAACGAUUAAAUGUAUUCCUUAAUAAGCUAAUGUAUUUACUGGGCCCUACCGUUUCGCCCAGCUGACGGUGUCCGGAGUAACACCACUCAAAAUAUGUAUCUAAUAUGAAUAUCUAUAUACCAUAAAU